AUGUCGACCUUCUUCAUUCAGAACCCGAAUGUCGGGAACAAGGACCAAAGCGAGGACCGGAGGAUUCGCGGCUACAAUCCCCUGAUUCCGCCCAACCUGCUCCAGCAUGAGAUUCCCCAGACGGCGCAAUCGAAGCAGACCGUCCUGGCUGGCCGCGAGGAGGCCGCAGCCGUCGUCAGUGGCACCGACCCGAAACAGCGCCUGCUCGUCAUCAUCGGCCCUUGCUCGAUCCACGACCCCAAGGCCGCGCUAGAAUACUGCGACAUGCUGCUUAAAGAGAAGGAGAAACACAAGGACGAGCUGCUGAUCGUCAUGCGCUCUUACCUCGAGAAGCCGCGCACCACAGUCGGAUGGAAGGGCCUCAUCAAUGAUCCCGACAUCGACAACAGUUUCGACAUCAAUAAAGGCUUGCGCCUCAGCAGGAAGCUGUUCGUCGACUUGACCGACAAGGGCAUGCCUAUUGCCAGUGAGAUGCUGGAUACGAUCAGCCCGCAGUUCCUGGCCGAUGUCCUGAGUCUGGGAGCCGUUGGUGCGAGGACUACCGAGUCUCAGUUGCACCGGGAACUCGCGAGCGGUUUGUCAUUCCCCGUCGGCUUCAAGAAUGGCACGGACGGGACCCUAGGCGUCGCGAUCGAUGCCAUUGGCGCCGUGAAGCACCCACAUCACUUCCUUUCAGUCACGAAGCCGGGGGUGGUUGCCAUCGUCGGCACAGUGGGUAACGAGGACUGCUUUGUCAUUCUCCGGGGCGGCACCAAGGGCACAAACUACGAUGCCCAGAGCAUCGCCGAGGCGAAAGCAGCAUUGGAGAAGGCCAACCUCAAGCCACGGUUGAUGGUAGAUUGCAGCCACGGUAACUCGUUGAAGAACCACAAGAACCAGCCAAAGGUUGCCUCAGUCCUCGCAGAGCAGAUCGAGAACGGAGAAGAAGCCAUCAUGGGGGUUAUGAUUGAGAGCAACAUCAGCGAAGGCAACCAAAAAGUACCAAAGGAAGGGAAAGAGGGCCUUAAAUACGGUGUCAGCAUCACAGACGCCUGUAUCGGUUGGGAAGAUACUGUCUCUGUGCUGGAUAGACUUGCGAACGCGAUCAAGAAGAGGAGAGAGGUCCUCAGCCAGAACGGUCACGUUGGCGACCGUGCUGCCUCUUCGUCGAGCUCUGGACCGUCCGCUGAAGCCUCCCCUUUACGCUUGAACAUCGCCGCCGCCGCCGCGACCACCGUUGCCGUCGGUUCGAUUGCCUGGUACUAUCACCUCUAUGGGUCUACGGCCCAUGCCAUGACUCCUGCUGAGGAAGGACUUCAUGCUACCAAGUACCCUUGGGUUCACCAGCAAUGGCUCAAGACCUUCGACCACCAAGCACUCCGCCGUGGCUUCACCGUCUACCAAGAAGUUUGCGCGGCAUGCCACUCUCUCAGCCGAGUUCCGUACCGAUCUCUUGUCGGCACGGUCCUGACCGUCGACGAGGCCAAGGCGCUGGCUGAAGAGAACGAGUUCGAUACCGAGCCGAACGACCAAGGCGAGAUCGAGAAGCGACCUGGAAAGCUGUCCGACUACCUCCCGGCCCCGUAUAAGAACGACGAGGCUGCCCGGUUCGCGAACAAUGGCGCUCUGCCCCCGGAUUUGAGCUUGAUUGUCAAGGCUCGGCACGGCGGUUGCGACUACAUCUUCUCCCUGCUGACUGGCUACCCCGAGGACCCCCCAGCGGGUGCCCAGGUUGGCGAAGGGCUCAACUUCAACCCCUACUUCCCCGGAACCGGCAUCGCCAUGGCCCGUGUCCUCUUCGACGGACUGGUCGACUACGAGGAUGGCACGCCGGCGUCGACCUCGCAGAUGGCAAAGGACGUUACCGAAUUCCUCAACUGGGCCGCCGAGCCGGAGAUGGACGACCGCAAGCGGAUGGGUAUGAAGGUUAUAGUCGUUACGACGGUCCUCAUCGCGAUGAGCGUCUGGGUCAAGCGAUACAAGUGGGCUUACCUGAAAUCGAGAAAGGUUGCCUAUGAUCCGCCAAGAAUCGCCCGCCGCCAGUAA